AUGUCCAAUCAACAGACUUCAAGACCUCGAGUUCAAUAUGCUUGGCUCGAGGUCGACAUACCCUCCAAUAUCCAGAUUGACCUCGAGGCGGAAACCGUCGAACACAAGGUCGACAUGAGAGAUUUAGGUAACAUACACAACACCCACCAGAAAACUAGCAACCGCGCCACUAGAUCGCCUUCGUGCGAGGUCGAGUGCAAACCAAGCAGUCAAUGUUAA